AAUCUUAAAUUAGAACCACAAACUAUUGAGUCCUGGAGACAUCAGAGUUAUCCUUUUUUAUUUGCUUUUAGGGAACUAUGUCUUAUUUAUCUUUAUGUCCCAGGACCUAUCACAAAGCCUGACUGACACACAGCAACUGGUGACAAAAUAUUUGUGGACUUAUUUAAUAAAGGAGUUAGGAGGAGUCCGAGAAGGAGGGUGAAGAGCAUCACACAUACAUGCACAUGCUUAGAACGUGACGAUUUCUUCCUGGUCUGACCAGACCCAGAGUAUGAAGCAGAAAUGGGAUCCAUAGAUCCCACUUUCCAACCCCUUUGGAUUCUGUCCGUGUGUAUGAGGACAUGCUGAGACAAGUUCCGUGGCAGUUAGAACGUGAACUGGCUGCCAAGAUGGAGAGGAAGGAGCAAUUAACCUUUACCUUCUACUGUCCCAAAGUUCCCAAAGUCAAGGGGUACCGGAAAUACCAAAGGCCUACCCUCCCCACCAACCAACAUCCGAGUGCCUCGAUGCCACCCCAGAGGCUGCAGCAGCACGUGGAUCAGACACACACCUACAUCCGAAUGUUCUGUGGCAGCCUCUGUGGUUUUAGCCUCCUAACGCUGAUCUGCAUGUCCCCACUGAACUGGGUGCAGUUCCUGGUGAUCAACGAUGGCCUUGAGCUCUACGCAGGACUCUGGAUCUCAUGCAACCAUGAGCUGUGCUGGAGCCACACACCCAAGCCACCCUAUUACCUCCAAUAUUCCAGGGCCUUCUUCCUCAUCUCUGUCCUCACCAUACUUGUUGCCCUUGGCUGGCUCUUCAGAGCUUGCCUCCCUAGAAGAGGAAGAAUGACUCCUAACUUGGAUCUGAAGGUAUCCAUGCUCAGCUUCAUCUCAGCCUCCUGCUUGCUCCUCUGCCUCAUCCUAUUUCUGGCACAGGUUCACUGGCAUUCUAGAGAUGCCAUGGAAUCAGAUCUCCUAUGGACCUAUCAUAUUAAUUGGGGGAGUGACUUCUUAUACAUGUUUGCUGGGAUUAUCUCCUUCCUCAACCACAUAACUUCCAGAUCUCCUCCCCUUGAUCAAAAUGUCACUGCAGUUCCCAUAGACAAGUCAAGGCUGGAGAUUGGUCCAGUGACUACAGUAUCGCCUGCUGAAGAUGCUGAGUCAGGGUUUCAGACAGAAUCUACAAGUGAGAAAGAGAAAAAACUAUCAAGUACAGAACUGUGAUGGUGAUAGGAUAACCCAACUACUUCCUGUCUUAAAACGGGGAGAAGCUAACUGAGUAGGGAAUGAUUGUGCAGAUUCGAGGAAACUCUCCUAAUACCAUGGCCAUAUUACUGAAGGAGAGAGCAUUAAAGCUGAUGAAAUGUCCUUUGUGUAUGUUGCAUCUAAAAUAUGUAUGGUAGUCAUAAAGAAGAUAAUGAAAACUCACCUGAGAAAAAGUUUCGAAAAGAAAACAUCAGUGUUUAGGGUCAUGAAUGAAAGAAACUAGCAAUAGAUGCAGUGCGUGGAUCAGAGCUCUCUUUGGGCAUCAGGGAUUUCAUAGACCAGAAUGGUCAAUGUAGAAAAAUGUCACCAAAUUUUGUUUGAAGUUUUCUUUAUCGUGUGUGGCUUUGGGAAUACCCAGGAUGGAAGGCAUCUGAAUAAUAUUGUUGAAUCUAAUUGGCGAUCAUUACCAGAAAUGGAAUGAACAACAAUGGCGAUAAUACCUACCACCCAAAGGAGGUGAGAGAUGCUGGGUAGAUUCUGGGGAAUCCAUGACAUCCCACUUCUUAUGAAGAUUGGUCAUUUGAAAACCUUACAGUCUAUUAGGUAAACCAACUGCUUCUCCCUAAGCUAGAGGUUAUGUUAACCAAGCAUCCAUAAACUCUCUGAAAUUCUAUACAAAACUUGUGUAUGCUCUUUUCUGUGAAGAGGGCCAUACAUUCAAUCAGAUUCUUGAUAGGCCUAUGACUCUUUUGAUUCCUUAGAUUAUGUUUUACUGAGCGAAAUGAGGCUAAAGGACUUUCUUCAGCCUAAGUAUAUACGUGGACAAAGUUAAAAUUUUUUCCAUGUUUUGUAUACUGUUUAAGACUGAGUAAGGGUGGGGGAAUUCAGGCAAUCACAUGGAUCUUUUGAUGGCUAAAGAUCCCUUUUAAACUUAGACCAGAUUCCAUGCAGAAGGUCCCUGACCUUCAUCUUAUCCUUUAUUCCUUUAGUAGCUGCCACUACUCUUUUGUUGAGGUCCAUUCUUCUUCUCAAGCCUGGCAAUGGAAUGGACUAUAGUGUCCAGUUUCACCCCUUGCUGCUCUUAAAGGUAAGCCCAGGACUUCCCUGGUGGUGCAGUGGUUAAGAAUCCACCUGCCAAUGCAGGGGACACGGGUCCUAUCCCUGGUCCAGGAAGAUCCCACAUGCCACGGAGCAACUAAGCCCGUGCGCCACAACUACUGAGCCUGCGCUCUAGAGCCCGCGAGCCACAGCUGCUGAGCCUGUGAGCCACAACUACUGAAGCCCGCACACCUAGAGCCCGUGCUCUGCAACAAGAGAAGCCACUGCAAUGAGAAGCCCAUGCACUGCAACAAAGAGUAGCCCCCGCGCACCAUAACUAAAGUCUGCGUGCAGCAAAGAAGAUCCAACGCAGCCAAAAAUUUUAAAGCUAAAUUAAUUAAUUUAAAAAAAAGAUAAGCCCUGGGAUCCUUUUGUUUUAAUUUAGAGAGUCACUGGUAACCUUUGUAGAAAACAAACUUAACAGUUCUUAUAAUCCUGGUCCCUGGUCAGUCAUUCCCAAACAUUUCCAGAUGAUGACCAGAAGACUGUUAGGUUAAUACUUCUGCUUUUAUUCCUAAAGGUAGGAGUUUAGCAGCACAUGCAUGUGUGUACCCACCCAUAGAGACACACACAAAAGCACGUAUAUACACACACCCCAUUUUGACCCUGCCUUAGAAAACCCUUUUCUCCAUGUUGGCUCCUUCUCUCCAUGUUGGCGAUCUUAGUUAUUGCAGAGUGACUGGUGUCUCGUUACUUCAAGGGACCUCGUUUCCGAGGCUCUUCAGGCUGUUCCUGGGCCUUUGUUUGUUGUAAGAAUAGACAUGUAGUCAAGUCCAACUCCCCCUCCUCCCAUCACCACUCACCUGCUAAGUAUACCCCACAUAUUGACAAAUUAAGAACUUACUGAGUUCACAAGAAUUAUUUAUAAUUCAGUUUGAAUACUAUAAUUAUAUGACUAAAUUGACAGAGAGCUGAGUACUGAUGACUCUACAGGGAAUGGAAGUUUUAAGUGGGGUGAGAAGAAGGAAGCAGGUGUGAAUGAGAAGGGAAGAUGCUAGGUAUUCAGAGAGUAACGAUCAAGACCCUGGCUAUUACAGGAGAAUAGGCAAUAAUUAUAACUAAGUUUCUACUUUACUAUCAGAGAAUGAUCUUUAAGCAUAGUCUUUUGCUGCUCCUUUAGAAACUGAAUGCUCUAUUUUCUUCUCUCUUUCUUUGCUUGUAGAAAAUUCCUUUAAAAAACUUAAGUAGACUUCCAAUAAGAUAGCUCAUUAAAUGACCCUUUGAUACAUCCCUUCUGCUCCAGAUACAUUACAUGAUAGAUGAAGUGGAGAGGGACACGGGGGUGAGGGGGGAUAUAUAUGUAUAGCCAGGUCAAAACAAGACAAGCAUUUUCACAGACUGGAAAAAUAACAAAACCCACAAAGCUAUGAUUGAGUUAAGCCAUAGACUUAAUGGGCUCUAAGUCCAAAAGUAAGCAGAGGUGAACAGGAAGACAGGAAAACAGGUCCUGUGGAGUGAAAAGGAGCAGAAAUGCUUCUCAAGAUAUGGACUAGAGCCAGAUUCACAGCUCUAGCUCAAACUAGGGACUUAAGAAAAGAAGCUGAGGGCUUCCCUGGUGGCGCAGUGGUUAAGAAUCUGCCUGCCAAUGCAGGGGACAUGGUUUUGAGCCCUGGUCCAGGAAGAUCCCACAUACCGUGGAGCAACCAAGCCCGUGCACCACAACUACUGAGCCUGCGCUCUAGAGCUCACGAGCCACAACUACUGAGCCCACGCACCACAACUACUGAAGUCCACCUGCCUAGAGCCCGUGCUCCACAAUAAGAGAAGCCACCGCAAUGAGAAGGCCAUGCACUGCAACGAAGAGUAGCCCCCACUCGCUGCAACUAGAGACAGCCCGCGUGCAGCAACGAAGACCCAACACAGCCAAAAAAUAAAUAAAAUUUUAAAAAAAUC